AUGGCUUCCCUCGCCGCUGUUGUGCGGGCGCUCCUGCGCCGAGAGUCACAGCGGGCUACAGGCUACGCACUGCGCGAGUGGACGAUGUUGACGGCGCGGCACCUGCCGUACCUUCAAGGUCAACUGACACUUGGACGCAUCGCCGCUGUGGGACAUCUUCAACGUAGCACGCUCGGUCGCUCCGAGUGGCACACGAGCUCCGCACCGCUGUUCGGUGAAGGACGCGGACGUUGGCACUGGGGGCUGUCCACCAGCGACGUCGUCGACGGGAGCGACCACGAGCACCACUCUACGGAAACUGGCGGGCGGGAGCUGCCGUCCUUCAAAACCGGGGAGUUGGGCUCCGACGUCGACGGCGACCGAGCCGCCCUGGAAGCAUGGCUGGCGCAGAUCCGCGACGAGACGAGCGGCUGGCCGGAGCUGAGCUUGGACGCCCUUCGCGACGAGCUCGACGAGGAACUCGAAGGCGAUGAUGAUGAUAACGACGACGACGACGACGAAACGUAUGAGAAUGAGGAGUUGCUGAAAGCCCUGCAAGAGGCGGUAAACAGGCAUCGAACGCCGGUUGUGGCCCUGGUAUCUGGAAGGGUUGUGCAUCUUCGGCGGACUGCAGCCCCGAAACGGAGCCCGCGCGCCGGCCGCGUACCACGAAACGAACCACAAACCACGUCGCGAGACACCACCAAGGCCGACGCUAACGACAACGAGUGCACAUGA